UGAAUUAAAAUUUUAGUAAAUUUCUGUCAAGAAAAUACUGAAUUUGAUUUACUACGUUUUAGCAUUCCCUCUAAUUAUCCGUAAGGUUGUAUGAGGCCAACGUCCCAUUCACUUUUACCUCCCGUCGCCAUCUUGACUCGUUUUAAAGGGUCAUUGAAAAACACAGAAACGAUAUUGUAGAAUUAAAAAUCUGUAACUUAAACGGUUACCAGCACCAUACACUUCAUUCUGUUUCAAAGUUUUCUUUCAAGUUCCAUACAUAAAAUACACAAAAUUAUUUUCGUUUCUGAAAAUCAAUAUGCAACAGUUUGUCUGAAGUACUGGAAGGGUCUUCAACAAAUGAGGUCUUCAUAAAUGAGUGGUAUGACGUGCGGAUGUAUAAUUAAGAGAAGUGUGUGGGACGUGGGAUGUUAUUCACUAAUACAGCGGAACGACAUUCAAUUGCAACAAUAAGUGAGAGAAUUCUAACAUUAUAUUCUCAGUCAGCUACGGACAGUGUCCAUUUAUAACUAUUCUAACCCUGAACAACAAUAAACUCGAAACAUGGAAUUAGAUAUCGUAGAAAAACGCGUACGAUGCACAUCGUAAUCUUAUCUAUAUAUAUUAUAUACAAGAUUACUCAUUCAUUGGUUCAGUCAUCGUUUCACGCCUCGUUCGAACAGGUGUUUAAGUCACUUAUAGUUAAAGAUGAGAGAUCAACAAGACAUAAUUGAUAGUUUACCAUUGCGUAGACGAUUUGAAAGUAAUAUUAGUAUUGAUAGAUUUUCUGAAAAAAGUCUUCAUGAUCUUGAUAGUGAAGAUCGGUCUUGUAGGAACGUGUGCAAUGAUUGUAUGUCCAGAGUACCAUAUGCAACUCUUAUUGCAACUAUAAUGUGUUGCUUGGGAGUGGGCAUAUUUUGUGGUACAAUGUACAGAGGUGUUACAUUGGGAUCUUUAAUGAUGGAUCAGGUAUUUCAUUUACGACUUGGGUGGUUAGAAGCUGUGCAGCUAACUUUUGCAACAAUUGGUGCUUGUAUGGCAGCUUUAGGUUUUAUGAUAUUGUGUGUUGGUUGUCUAGCAACUGGAGCUACUAGACAUAAAGUAUACAAAGCAUGGAGAUCCAGAGUCGGUGGACGUAUUUCUUGUGCUGUUUUCAUGACAAUCACAUACAUACUUCAACUAGGUUGGCUCGUAAUCUUUGCAUUCUUGGUUAUAAUUACAUGGGUUUUCACUAUAUUCUGGGGAUUAUGCAACAAUCCUGGUGUUUCAAAAUAUGAACAGUGUAUUGAUUUCACUCAAUUCAGUUUCAUAUUCCCAAAUAAUACAAGAAUAGAGGACAUGAAAGUAUGUGGACCACAAGAAGUAAAAUUGUUCUGUAAAGAUUUUGUUGAAAGAGCAGUGGUGAUGUUCAUUUUGGCCACAGUAGCUACAAUGUUGGUGGUUUUAAGUUUGAUACACUAUUUAAUGUGUUUGUCUGCAAAUUACGCACAUAUCAGAGAUCACGAGAAAUUCCAAGAACUACAGGAACUUCAAUAUCUACAAGAUCCUGGAGACCCAGACUCUCCUCAGCCCGGUAUGGGAACAUUAAGUUCGCAUCGUUCUAAGGACAGGUUCUAGGAUACGGCCCGCGAGAUCUUCGCGAUGAAUCCUUUAUAAUCAAUCAUUCCUGUUUACGAGACUCUUUUCUCUAGAAGGAUUGAUGAGAUUUUGGUGUUGUUCUUCUCUACGUACCUAAACUCAGUAUUCUACUAAUCAGUUGUCAUUACAGUAGUUUACUGACCGAGGAUCUUGCGGGAACACUUCAUGCCGUCCAUUUUCUGCGACUGUCUUGUAAGCAUUUAUUUUGUUUCAAAGUCACAAAUUGAUUAAGUGAUUAGAAGUAAGUGAAAUUUCAUUUAUAUCGUUGAAGUUCAAUACAUACACGAGAACAUUCCAUAAUUUAUAUUUAUACGGAGAUAGAAUAUUUUAUUUUGAACGCAAAUGUAUAGUGAGUAUACGCGAAGGUUUAAGAUAUAGAAACGCACAGAGUAUACUUUUUAAAUUGAUUGAUAUAUUAAAAUAUAUACAUAUUAUUGAAUUAGGUACAUAAUAUAUGCACUAAAAGUAUUACUUCGUGUUAAAAUUUCGAUUAACGAUGUGUUUAUAAGACUGUUUAUAAAUACAAAUUAUAUUGUUAAGUGGUAUUCGUAUCAGUAAUACUAAAAUUUGUUUGAUGAAAAUACAGUUCUUUUUUUAUAAGUUAGAGUGAAGUAAUCAUGCUGGAGGGAAAGUGAAAAAAGAA